AUGGAAGCGCAAGAAUUAGCUGGCUUCGUAAAAUUAUUGGCAGACAAAAAUAAGGAAGAGGAAGCUACAGCUGCAAAGCGCAAAAAAAAACAGAGAUAUCCAGAAGCACAUUGGCUGAAAUUUCUAACGAUGAAGAAGCAAAUACACAGACCAAAUAGGGUGUUAAAAGUUGAUAAAAAUGAGACAAGAUUUAUCUCACACAAAGAGAACUACUUCGGAAGUUACUUUAAAGCUGUCCCUCCACAAAAGCAAAAAAGAAAGCAAAAGAAAAGUCUUGGAUCCACUGCACUAAAGAACCUCCACAAUGGACAGGUACCCAUUAAGGAAGCAAAAGUGAAGGAUCUUUUACAUCUUACCCAGUUCUUGAUCAGCCCUGAUGCAAAAUCGUUCUAUGAUGCUCUGGUAGCUGAUUCCCAAACCAAAGAAGAUGACAGCGACAUCGAAUUUGCUGACGACCCACCCAUUGAUUAA